GUGAUGGACGGGCGCGCGGGCGCUAAGACCGCAAGGCGCUCGUCCCCUCCGCCGGCCACGGACGCCGGGAGGUGCGCGGCACAGCCGGAGCUCAGAGAACACGUAGCGACCCCGAAGAUCAGCCCCAAUGAACAUGUCAGUGUUGACUUUACAAGAAUAUGAAUUUGAAAAGCAGUUCAACGAGAAUGAAGCCAUCCAGUGGAUGCAGGAGAACUGGAAGAAAUCUUUCCUGUUUUCCGCUCUGUAUGCUGCCUUUAUAUUUGGCGGUCGGCACCUAAUGAACAAACGGGCGAAGUUUGAAUUGAGGAAGCCAUUAGUGCUCUGGUCUCUGACCCUCGCAGUCUUCAGUAUAUUCGGUGCUCUUCGAACUGGUGCUUACAUGAUGUACAUUCUGAUGACCAAAGGCCUGAAGCACUCAGUCUGUGACCAGAGUUUUUACAACGGGCCCGUCAGCAAAUUCUGGGCUUACGCGUUUGUGCUAAGCAAAGCGCCAGAACUAGGGGACACAAUCUUCAUCAUUCUGAGGAAACAAAAGCUCAUCUUCCUGCACUGGUACCACCACAUCACUGUGCUCCUGUACUCCUGGUACUCCUACAAAGACAUGGUGGCCGGGGGCGGCUGGUUCAUGACCAUGAACUACGGCGUGCAUGCAGUAAUGUACUCCUACUAUGCGCUGCGGGCCGCGGGCUUCCGCGUGUCCCGGAAGUUCGCCAUGUUCAUCACCCUCUCCCAGAUCACGCAGAUGCUGAUGGGUUGUGUCAUCAACUACCUAGUCUUCUACUGGAUGCAGCAGGACCACUGUCACUCUCACUUUCAGAACAUCUUCUGGUCUUCACUCAUGUACCUCAGCUACUUCGUGCUCUUCUGCCAUUUCUUCUUUGAGGCCUACAUUGGCAAAAUGAGGAAGACCGCCAAGGCUGAAUAGUGAUGAAGCCGAGGAGGAAGCCACAGCUCAGGGUCAUCCAGAAAACUAACAGACAAAAGAAAAUGGCACAAGGAAUCACACAUGGUGCAGCUACAACAAAAACAAAACACACGAGCAGACACAAACCCCGAGGCAACUUAGGGAUAAUUAGGUUGACUUAACCCAGUAAGUUUAUGAUCCUUUAUGGGUGAGGACUCACUGUGCGCACGUCCAUCUCAAAGCACUGCUGCUGGGAGACCCCACUCCCCAUCCCUGACCUGUCAGCGCUAGGACAAAUGACAACACAAGAUCCCUAGGCAGAGACUCAGAGAAAGCAGGCAAAGGCUGUCAACACUAUGGGGGAAUAUGUACCUACCAUGAGCAAAUGUCUCACUGAGGAUGAAACAAUUUCACUUUCAAAGCUGUGCGAGCACACACAUACACACACACACGCACACACACACCCUUUCCAGUCCUUUGAACAGAGAAAACUGGAGCCAGUAGAAAAGAGUAACAGAAGAGACACAGGGUCUGUAUCUAGAACAGUAAUGCUUUUGCAGAAAUCCACCCCUUUUACAGAAAGGUUAGCCAUUGUAGCUCCACGAGAGAUGUCUUAAUCUUUUUAUUUCCACUAGAAAAUAGAUUGAUAUUUCCCCUCCACUGCACAGCCUCAGGCUGGUGAGUUUGCCAAAACCACAUGGGGUUCAUCCAAUCCUUUUCGGGGCCGCCCAGACCCACACCAGAGCAUUCCAGCAAUUUCUACUCUGAGGUAAGAGGGGAAGCGUUUGCUUGCCCCAGACUUGAAGGCAAGAGCAAAUGCGGAAAUGAAACCCCACCUGACGACGCCGUGAACGCGGUGUCAGUCCUGUCCAGAGCAAGCAAGCUCGACCUCCGGGCUGGAAGAGACCAGAGACGAUGGGAAGAAAAGCCGGAGAACGUGCUGUACACGGACAGUAUUUAUGCCCUUUCCUCCGUGAUUUCACACACGCUUCUGCUUCCAAAUGAAGCCCUGCUGGAUGGUCCAUGUUUUUUAUAUUUUUGUGAGUUGCAAAAAGAAGCAUACAGGGUUCUGCCUGAGUUGGAAAGGACACUGUGUCCCUGCAACAUCUGCAUUAGCUGUCCAAGCAAUGCAGAGGCGUUGAAAGCGCCCCCUGCUGGCUGAUAGAGAGACUGCAACCAGUGCACACUAAUGGACCACAGAGCCCCGUACACGAAUCCUUCAAAUUUUAAGAUAUUGGACACCAUCCUGUCUUUGGCCAACUACAAAGACAUCUUUCCUGCUUCAAGUGAGCGUCAAGAAAAAAUUUUUAAAAAGGACUUUUGCUCUGAAACUCAGAAAAUCAAUUUAUUAAGAGCCAUAUUCUUUUAACAAAAAAAGCUAGAUUAUAUUAUCUAUAAUAUUUCAGGCCUCUACAAGCCAAAUAAAUGUGUCAAUGUUACUAGUAUUUCAAAGAAGCAAUUAUGUAAAGUCGUUCAAUGUGAUAUAAUAGUAUUCUAAUUGGUUAAGUAGCUUAAUGAUUAGGCGAACUAGAUGAAAAGAUUAGGGGCUACUACACUGCAUAGAUUACACAUAAGUAACCACACAUUAUGCACACACAAGUGGGGUUCAGUGAACCUUAAAGCCCAAAUAAAUAGGAACACAUUUUCUGUCUAGCAGAAACUGUUGUUUAUCUUUCUUGCUUUGAGA